AUGGCAGCUUUUGAGAAGACCAUCGGGCCAGUUUGGAGUCAACCUUGGAACCUUCCCGGUGUAGGAUACCAGUCCAUCCAUCCAUUCGCUGACUCUCUCCAUGACGGAAGUGGUGAAGAUAUUACUGUACUGGGCGCCCAUGGAAAGUUUUUCGUCAAGAGCGAAGGGAAUAGUGUCAUUGCUCAACUGAAUUUACCUACCGGGGGUCAUGAGAUCAAACUACUCGAAUGGGAAAGCCACGUCGCAGGUGAUUGCUCAGUCUAUCAAGUUUCCUGCUACAUCUUUGACUCACUAAAACCAUUGACAGGACAACUGCUAUUUGGCGCAAACCAAGGCACGCAGACAGUAUUUCGGUUCCAAGACUCUGACUCUAUGCCUAACAUUGAAAUCGAGUCCCCACAAUUGGUAUAUUCCGGCGGGGUUCCUGUUGUUGAUGUGAAUAUCACAUUCACCAACCUCGAGAAACUGACCACGGGUGGAUUGGUAAAAGGGAGUGUGAAGAAUCGCCACAUCUCGAUUACGCUCUACAACGUUGAGACAAAUGCGAAGAUUGAGGGAGCUCUGGGAGAAGGAGUGAAGUUGAUAGAGACUGACUUCGACGGAAGCUACGGUCAAGGCUUCUAG